UGGUACUAUUCAUGGGUCGCUCACCUUGUUGCGAAAAAGCACACACCAACAAAGGUGCCUGGACUAAGGAGGAAGACGAGCGCCUAAUAGACUACAUCAGGCUCCAUGGUGAAGGUUGUUGGCGCUCUCUCCCAAAAGCUGCUGGAUUGCUUAGAUGCGGGAAGAGCUGUAGAUUGAGGUGGAUAAACUAUUUGAGGCCUGAUCUUAAAAGGGGGAAUUUCACUGAAGAAGAAGAUGAGAUUAUUAUUAAGCUCCAUGGUUUGCUAGGAAACAAAUGGUCCUUAAUCGCUGGGAAAUUACCAGGACGAACGGAUAAUGAGAUAAAGAACUACUGGAACACGCAUAUCAAAAGAAAGCUAAUUAGCCGUGGCAUUGACCCACAAACACACAGACCUCUCAAUGAGAAAACCACCACCACAACCAUCGCUACUUCAACCACCAAAACCACCCAGUUAAACUUUAAAAACACCCCACCUCAAUCACUAGCUGAAAUCAGUAUCUUAAAAAGCCAACUUGAUUCAAAACACAACUCCACCAAAAGCAAUGACUUUCUUAGCAGUCUGUACUCAAGUUUCAAACCCAAGAAAAUAGAGGCCGCUUCUCUUGAAGAAAACAACUGCACAAGCUGUAGCACGACAACUGAUGAAGAACAACAACAAAAGAUGGAGAGUCAUCAUGAUCAAGAUAUCAACUUGGACUUAACUAUUGGGCUGGCUCCAACAACCAAAGGAGAGUCAACUCAUACUUCUUCCAACUCGGCAGAGUCCAGACUACAACAACCAGUUUCUUCUUGCCAAUUAUUUGGUAGUGUGUCAACUCGGCCGGUUUGUUUGUGCUGGCAAUCUGGGGGUGCAACAUGGGAAUCGUGCAGGGAUUGCCAGAAUCAUAGAUAUUAUUGUUGGAAGUAAAUUAAAGUUAAUGGUAGAUUUAAUUUUUCUUUCCUUUUCUGGUGAGAUGUGUGAAGUAAAUGGUUUUGUUUAGGUACUCACCAUUUUCAACUUCUUCACCUGACCCUGUAAUCAUAAAGGCAAUUAAAGAAGAUGAUGUUAAGCUCCCUACCUAUCGUGGCAUGUAAAGAAAGAAACAAAACAAUUGUAUUCUGCAAAUGGCGCAAAGCUUUUUUUGGAUUCUAUAA